UGGCGAGGUGCGAGUGACCUAACCCCGACGACUACCCGAUUGUUUAUCGAAUGAAGAUAAACUUCACGUCUAUAGAAUUUUCAAAAGAUUUAGAAGAUAGAAACACAAAACUAUUUAAAGAGACGUCAGAGAGGAUAGCGCGAGAGAUUGAGGCCCUCUACCUCCCUGUGCCAGGACAGCAGCUAGUGAUUGUUGCCCAGUAUAGACCUAACAACGUAGGAUCAAGCAUGGUGACCAGCGACCUGACCGCGGAUGGGCAGCACAAUGAGGUGCUACUGCGCAACGCCGUCUGGGACAGUGUCCGACGCGGCCGCAUCGGUGGCUACACAGUCAGCUCAGACGGAUUCCAGUUCACACUGCUGAGAGUUCCCCCAGUGACGGAAGGCUGCCAGGCCUACCAGUUUCUGUGCGGGGAUGGCUCUUGUGUCGACGGACGCUCCCGGUGUGACGCGGCGUUUGAUUGCCCGGACGGAUCCGACGAGGCCAACUGUCAAACGCAGUGCGUGGCGGGUGAAUUUACCUGUAACGACGGCCAGCAGUGCGUGGAGGAGAGGCGGCUGUGUGAUGGCUACCAGGACUGCGCUGAUAACUCCGACGAAGCCACCUGUGGGCCCGAUACUGGCGAGGGUCAGACUGGUGUCAACCAGUGCGCCGACGACCAGUUCUUUUGCACUGACGGAUCCUGCGUGAGAAUAUCGGCAGAGUGCGACGGUUUCAGCGACUGCCCCGAUGGCUCGGACGAGAGCCAGUGCCCGCCCUCUCGCUGUGGAAGCAGGGAAUACCAGUGUGGCGAUGGCUCGUGCAUCGACAAGCGGCAGGAGUGUGAUGGUCGCCGGGACUGCGCUGAUGGCAGUGACGAGCUUCGGUGCUCUGGAUGUUCGCAGGAUCAGUACAAGUGCGACGAUGGUACGUGCAUCGAAGGUACAUAUGGCUGUGACGGCAUUGUUGAUUGCGCAGAUGGAUCUGACGAGGAUGAGAGAUGCCCUGAUGUGGAAUGCGGACCAGAUGAGUUCCGUUGCAGUGGAAGCUUGUGCAUCGACAAGGCAUGGAGAUGUAAUGGUCAGCCUGAUUGUAGAAACGGUGCAGAUGAGCAGGGCUGCCGCACAACACCGAAGCCUAGUCCGUGUGAAAACGGUAGAUACCCUCUGCUAGAUCCCGAUACCAGUGAUCCAAAGUCUUGUGGGUUUUUAUCAUGGUGUCCACGUGACCAUAAAUGUGAAGACUCGAUCUGCUGCCCGACCGGUGCGCUGCCGAUCUGUCGCGAGGACGAGUUUCAGUGUGAGCGCGACGGCGCCUGCAUUGCUGAGAACAAGGUGUGCGACGGACAUCGUGACUGCCAGGACGCGUCCGACGAGGACCCGCAGAAGUGCCCUGGCUAUAGUAUCGCCGAGUUAAGCAUGUGUGGAGAGGCGUUACCACUGAUUGACCGACUAACCAGGAAGCCCAAGAUUUGCUCCUCCAGGAACCCGUGUCCCAGUGGGUACACGUGUAACACUGGCAGGCAGGACGCGCCUGGUAUCUGCUGUCGUGGCACGGGCGUCGGCGCCACCUGCCCCGGUGGCUUCUUCCGCUGCACCCAUGGUGCACAGUGCGUUGAUCCCAGGCGACAGUGCGACGGCAGAAACGACUGCGUCGAUGGAUCUGAUGAACAGAGAUGCACGUCAGGUGCGAGAGGCUGCGGGGCAGGAGAGUUCCGCUGUCAGGACGGAUCGUGUAUCGAUGACAAGAGCCGCUGCAACGGAGAGCAGGACUGCCGCGAUGGAUCUGAUGAGCGGGGAUGCACAGCCGGCUGCCAGACCAGUGAAUGGCAGUGUCUGGAUGGGCAGUGCAUAGAUGAACGCAGGAAGUGUGACGGAAGGGCGGACUGUAGUGAUGGCUCUGACGAACUGGAUUGUGAAGAACCCGCCCCAGCUUCCUGCCCUACUGGCUACUGGCUGUGUCAUGAUGGAGAGUGCAUAGAUUCACGCAGGAAAUGCGAUGGCAGACCAGACUGUGGUGAUGCUUCAGAUGAAGAAGGUUGUGAUGACGAUAAAGAAGAACCCACCCCAGCUGCCUGCCCUUCUGGGUACUGGCAGUGUCAUGAUGGACAGUGCAUAGAUGCACGCAGGAAAUGUGACGGCAGACCAAACUGUGGUGAUGCUUCAGAUGAAGAAGGUUGUGAUGACGAUAAAGAAGAACCCACCCCAGCUGCCUGUACUACUGGGUACUGGCAGUGUCAUGAUGGACAGUGCAUAGAUGCACGUAGGAAAUGUGACGGCAGGCCAGACUGUGGUGAUUCCUCAGAUGAAGAAGGUUGUGAUGAUGAGGAGCAGGAGAAAGAAGAACCCACCCCAGCUGCCUGCCCUACUGGGUACUGGCAGUGUCAUGAUGGACAGUGCAUAGAUGCACGCAGGAAAUGUGACGGCAGGCCAGACUGUGGUGAUGCUUCAGAUGAAGAAGGUUGUGACGAGAAGGAGGAGAAAGAAGAUGCUUGCCCCAGUGGCUACAUGGAGUGUUAUGGUGGAGGCUGUGUGGAUCCAAGUAGGAUCUGUGAUGGCACACCAGACUGUGCAGAUGGCUCCGAUGAAUUGAUGAACUGUGAUGAUAAGGAAGAGCGACCCGAGCCAGAUACGAAUCUCUGUCGUGACUCUACUCCACUGAUAGACCCAGUAACCAGGCAGCCUACGACUUGCUCCUCUAGGAACCCGUGUCCCAGUGGGUACACGUGUAACACUGACAGGCAGGACGCGCCUGCUGUCUGCUGCCGCGCUGCUGGUCCUGAUGGUAAUGAGCUGACGUGCCCGCGGGGCUUCUUCCGCUGCGGUGACGGCAUACAGUGCGUCGAUCCCCGCCGACUGUGCGAUGGCAGAAAAGACUGCAACGACGGGUCCGACGAGAGAGAGAACUGUGACGGCAAAGAAGAGGUACGAGCUUGUCCUUCCGGGUACUGGCAAUGUGAAGAUGGAAAUUGCAUAGACCCACGCAGGAAGUGUGAUGGCAGGCCAGACUGCCCUGAUGGCUCAGACGAGAAAAACUGUCAAGAAGAGCGACCCGAGCCAGAUAGCAAUCUCUGUCGUGACUCCACUCCACUGAUAGACCCAGUAACCAGGCAGCCUACGACUUGCUCCUCUAGGAACCCGUGUCCCAGUGGGUACACGUGUAACACUGACAGGCAGGACGCGCCUGCUGUCUGCUGCCGCGCUGCUGAUGUAGAUGAACCAUCCGCUUGUCCCUCUGGUUACUGGCAAUGUGAAGAGGGAAAUUGCAUAGACCCGCGCAGGAAGUGUGAUGGCAGGCCAGACUGCCCUGAUGGCUCAGACGAGAAAAACUGUCAAGAAGAUGUUGAGCCACCCUCUUGUCCUUCCGGUUACUGGCAAUGUGAAGAUGGAAAAUGCAUAGACCCGCGCAGGAAGUGUGAUGGCAGGCCAGACUGCCCUGAUGGCUCAGACGAGCAAAACUGUCAAGAAGAGCGACCCGAGCCGGACAGCAAUCCCUGUCAUGAUUCCACUCCACUGAUAGACCCAGUAACCAGGCAGCCUACGACUUGCUCCUCUAGGAACCCGUGUCCCAGUGGGUACACGUGUAACACUGACAGGCAGGAUGCGCCUGCUGUCUGCUGCCGCGCUGCUGUAGCAGCUUGCCCGCGUGGGUAUUGGCAGUGUAAGGAUGGUGCAUGCAUAGACCCACGCAGGAAAUGUGAUGGCAGGCCAGAUUGCCCUGAUCGCUCAGACGAGCAAAACUGUCAAGAACCCACCCCAGCUGCCUGCCCUACUGGGUACUGGCAGUGUCAUGAUGGACAGUGCAUAGAUUCACGCAGGAAAUGUGACGGCAGACCAGAUUGUGGUGAUUCCUCAGAUGAAGAGGGUUGUGAUGAUGGAGAGGCAACCGAAGCACCCACCCCAGCUUCCUGCCCUACUGGGUACUGGCAGUGUCAUGAUGGAGAGUGCAUAGAUGCACGCAGGAAAUGUGACGACAGACCAGACUGUGGUGAUUCCUCAGAUGAAGAAGGUUGUGAUGAUGAGGAGGAAGUUGGUCCAGGUCCUGAUGGUAAUGAGCUGACGUGCCCGCGGGGCUUCUUCCGCUGUGGUGACGGCAUACAGUGCGUCGAUCCCCGCCGACUGUGCGACGGCAGAGAAGACUGCAACGACGGGUCCGACGAGAGAGAGAACUGUGGAGGCCCGUCAACAGAUGAAUGUGUCACUGGAGAGUUUAAGUGCAACGAUGGCAACUGCAUUGAUCAGAGUCUCGUGUGCAAUGGCGACUAUGACUGCUAUGAUGGGGAUGAUGAAACCAACUGCCCUGCCAAAGAGACGGGACCAACAUUUGAGAAGAUCAGCGAGGACGUGACUAUGGAAGCAGAUGAGAUGCUUAACAUGAUCGCCAUCAUCAAAAAUGUUGAAAGCUACAAGGUUGAGUGGUCGGUCGAUCACGGCGACUACAUUGACAUUCUCUCCGUCAAUGACGACAAGUUCUCGACGGACAACCGCAUCUACCUGCGCACGCGCGGCGACUCGACCAGGAAAGAGUUCCACCUGACCAUCCUCGGCACCCAGAGCGGCGACACCGGCACCUACAAGGUCCGCGUCGAUUCGACCCCGCCGGUCACCAAGGAGUUCCGCGUGACGAUCACAGGUUAUGAGCCGGAGCCAGUGUCGUGUGAGACUGGCUACUGGCAGUGUGAGGACGGCGCAUGCAUCGACGCUCGCAGAAAGUGUGACGGUCGCUCCGACUGCGACGACGGCUCCGACGAGCAGGGAUGCGAAGCUCCCGGCCACCUGCAGUGCGGAGGCAACGUGCCCCUGAUUGACGCUCUCUCACAGCAGCCAAGGACCUGCUCCUUCUUUGAGCUCUGCCCGGCAGGUUACGAGUGCAGCAUUCGUGUGCAGGGUGUUAUCCCCGUCUGCUGCCCCAUUCGCGCGCCUGAGCCAGUAACUACACCAGCUCCCUCUGGCUGUAGCUCUGGGUAUUGGCAGUGCCGUGAUGGAAACUGCAUAGACGAGCGCAGGAAGUGUGAUGGCCGUGCAGACUGUCGUGAUAGGUCAGACGAGGAGGGCUGUGAUGAACCUGAGCCAGUAACUACACCAGCUCCCUCUGGCUGUAGCUCUGGGUAUUGGCAGUGCCGUGAUGGAAACUGCAUAGACGAGCGCAGGAAGUGUGAUGGCCGUGCAGACUGUCGUGAUAGGUCAGACGAGGAGGGCUGUGAUGUCCCUAGUCGAUUUUGUGGAGGCAAACUUCCCUUAAUAAACCCACUAUCAAGGCAGCCCAGGACCUGCUAUUUCUUGAACCCAUGCCCUAGAGGGUACUCUUGCAGCAGAGGAAGUGAGAUAUCUGUCUGCUGUCCCAUUGAUGAACCCGACACUCCGGCACCACCGACCGCACCACCGCAGGUCGUCUGCGCAGAUGACGAUUUCAGGUGUGACAGCGGGGACUGUAUUCCCGGCAGCGAACGCUGCGACGGCAACUCCCAAUGUCGGGACGGCUCGGAUGAGGAAGGAUGUGUCGUCAAGGAGUGCCAGUGGUAUGAGAUGUCGUGCGAUGGCGGCACGAAUUGCGUUGACAAGCGGAGGCGCUGCGACGGCAGGGACGACUGCAGGGAUGGCCUAGAUGAGGCCGACUGUGAACCCCGAGAAUGCACUUCAGCUGAGUUCAAGUGCAACAAUGGCCGCUGCAUUCCGGCUAGCAAGCACUGUGACGGACGUUACGACUGUCUGGACCGCUCUGACGAACACAACUGUGAUGCCGUAACGCAGCCGCCGACCCCAGCACCGACUACGCAGGCGCCUACGCGGCCAGGAGGUGGAGGCGUCGUGAACACGUGUCGCCAGGGAAUACCUCUCAUCGACCCGUUCACGCGCUCCUACAGGACGUGCUCGUUCAGAAACCCGUGCCCAAGCGGCUACGAGUGCAACACGGCCGUGGCUGACGUCGCUGCAGUAUGCUGCCCUGAAGUGCCACCUACGACGCCAACGGGUUGCUCCGCCCAGCAGUUCCAGUGCAUCAGUGGCGAGUGUGUGGAUGGACAGUACAAGUGUGAUGGCCGUCCACAGUGCCGAGAUGGCUCCGACGAGUUUAACUGCCCUGUGACUGGAUACAUCGUAGAGGUGAUUCCUGAGCAGCAGACUGCGCGGGAGGGUCAGGAGGUGGUGAUUGAGUGUCGUGCCCAAGGCUCGCCCUCUCCUAUCCUGCGCUGGACACGUGUCGGUGGCGUCAUGCCACGAUCUGCCUCGGACACCGGCAGGGGGCGCCUCGUCUUCACGCAGGUUGCCGCGGCCGACCAGGGAUCUUACAAGUGUGAGGUGCGCGGAGUGACAGGAACAUACGAGGCCACGGCGAGGCUCACUGUUGAACCAUAUGGACCGACACAGACCCCUCCAGGUCCGUACAACUGUGCCGAGACUGAGUCAACGUGUAGCGAUGGACAGUGCAUCCCACGCGACUACCUGUGUGAUGGAGAAGCUGACUGCAAGGAUGGAAGCGACGAGGCAUCGUGUGUCAAGGCAGACCAGUGUGAGCCGAAUGAGUUCCAGUGCAACAAUGGCCGCUGCAUCCAGAAGAUCUGGCGUUGUGACGGGGACAAUGACUGUGGAGACAGAUCUGACGAGGAAAGUUGCCCGACCCACAAGCCUGGUGAUCCAUGCAAUGCCGAUGAGUUCCGCUGUGUGUCCGUCGACCAGUGCAUCCCCGCUAGCUACCAGUGUGAUGGGGAGUUUGACUGCCAGGACAGGACCGACGAGAUCGGAUGUGCGCCACCCACGAUCACGCGCCCGCCUCCAGCCAUGGUGAUGGUCAACGUCGGCGAGACGGUCACGAUAGAGUGCACUGCCGUCGGCGUGCCGACACCCUUCAUCAACUGGCGUCUGAACUGGGGUCACGUGCCGCCACCGCCACGCGUCAGCAGCACCAGCGUCGAUGGCUUCGGCCGUCUCACCAUCAGGAACGUGCAAUUCUCCGAUCAGGGAGCCUACAGCUGUGAAGCGAUCAACAGCAAGGACAGAGUCUUUGGUCAACCAGACGCCAUUCUCAAAGUCAAAGGUGAGACAGGCAUCUGCCCAUCACUACUGUUCAACGCCGCCGCCACGGACGUGUCUAAGUGCAUCUCCUGCUUCUGCUUUGGCGCCACCAGGGAGUGCAGCAGUAGCAAUCUGUUCCGCUCCUCGCUGCCAGCCGGAAACCAGAUGGACAUGAUGAACGCAGACAGUGACCAACCCAUUGAGGACAGCCUGGUUCAGUACAACCCACUUAACCGCGAGUUUGUCGUGUCGGACUUCCACAACAUCGUGCCGAUGGGCCGCCUCUUCUGGCAGCUGCCUCACAUGUUCCACGGUAACAAGCUGUCUAGUUAUGCAGCAGACAUCUCCUUUGACUACAGCUUUGCUGUUGGUCGUGGCCGCCCUGCACCUACAGAUCAGCCAGACGUGAUACUGAAGGGUAAUGGUAGAACUCUGUUCUACAAGAGCAACAAGGUUCCUCUCCCCAACGCACAGAACCCAUCCAGCAUCCAUCUAGUUGAGGGUGAGUGGCUGAGCACUGACCACUACGAGGGUCGUGGGGACACGCCUGUAGGCACCCCAGUCACGCGCGCAGACUUCAUGAUGGUACUGCAGAAUGUCACCGAUAUCCUCAUCAGGGCAUCCUACGACUACAGCAUGACAGCAACCAGGAUCAGCAACGUGGAGCUCGGCAUCGGUGUGGUCCAGGACACUGGUAGGUCACGUGCAUUUGAGGUGGAAGCUUGCUCCUGCCCCACAGGCUACGAGGGUCUCUCCUGCGAGAAAUGUACCCGUGGCUUCAGACGUGACAGCAGGGGGCGAUACCUCGGCACCUGCGUGCCCUGCGACUGCAGGGGCGCCUCCAACGACUGUGACCCUGAAACUGGUGCCUGCUUGGCCUGUAGUGGAAACACUGAGGGACCACGCUGCGACCGCUGCAAGGCUGGCUACUACAUGGUGGCUGGACGCUGCGAGGCCUGCCCCUGCCCACUGACCAUGCCAUCCAAUCAAUUCUCACCAACGUGCCACAUGGCCAACGACAGACAGGUAACGUGCGAUGCGUGCCCGACUGGCUACGUCGGCAGACGCUGUGAGCAGUGCGACCGUGGUUACACCGGCAACCCGUCUGUACCAGGUGGAAAGUGUGAACCUGAAGGAACCAACUUGCUAUUGUGCGAUCAGAGAGGCAGUGUGUCUACUGUCCCAGAUCCCUUCGGACGCUGUCAGUGCAAGCCGAACGUCGUUGGCCAGUAUUGCGAUCAGUGUGCGCGUGACACCUUCCAUCUGUCAGCUGCCAACCCUCACGGCUGUGUGCGCUGCUUCUGCAUGGGUAUAACAAACCGCUGCAGCAGCUGUUCAUGGAACAGGGAUCAGGAGGUCGCAGACUUCAGGGCUCACAAGUCUGAGUGGCUCCUUCGCGAUCGCUUCGGUCACUUCAACAUCUCUAGCGGCAUCGACGUCGUCGAGGAGGACAACAAGGACACGCUGGUCGCCAGCGGACGCGCGCUGCCUGACCGCCUCAACCUCUUCUACUGGGCCAUGCCACAGCACUUCCUCGGAAACAAGGUGAUGUCUUAUGGUGGAGAUGUGCAUUACACAGUCAGCUUCCGUGGUGGAUCUCCCAGCGAUGACAGCGACCCUGAUGUAGAACUCUACGGUAAUGAUAUCCUGCUCUACCACCGCGUGGAGCAGCAACCAAGGGAGGGAGUGCAAACGUCAUACAAAAUCCCAAUGUAUGAGACUGCCUGGCAGCGUGCUGAUGGAGAGCAAACAACAAGAGAGCAUCUCAUGAUGGCCCUCGCAGACAUGGAAUACUUCCUUGUUAAGGCAUCCUUCAGCCAGAACAUCUAUCAGACCAAGCUGCAUGCGUUUAGCAUGGGCAUCAGUGUGGAUAGGAACACCGGCAACGAACAGGCUUAUGCUGUGGAGCAGUGCAGCUGUCCUGCAGGCUACCUUGGACUCUCCUGCGAGGACUGUGCUCCUGGCUACACACGCGACGCUGCCCUGUACCUAGGCAAGUGUGUGCCGUGCAACUGCAAUGGCCACUCUAACACCUGUGAUGUGGAGACAGGCACCUGCUCUAACUGCCGUGAAAACACUCAGGGACAUUCAUGUGAACAGUGCAAGCAAGGUUAUUACAUGGACGGCAACUUCUGUAAACCUUGCCCAUGCCCUCUGACCUCUAUUGAAAACAGGUUCUCUCCCUCGUGCCAACUGGCUGACGAUGGCUGGCCGACGUGCGAUGCUUGCCCAACAGGCUACACAGGCAGACGCUGCGAACGAUGCGACUCCGGUUACACCGGCAAUCCAAUGGAGCCCGGAAACUUCUGCAAGGCUGAGGGUGGUUGCCGCUGUGACCCUCGAGGUGUGAGUGGCGUGUGUGAUGCAAGCACCUUCUACUGUAACUGCAAGAGUAACGUGGAUGGAGAAUACUGCAGCCAGUGCAAGCCUGGUUACUUCGCCCUGUCAACUGCCAACGACGAUGGAUGCUCACAGUGCUACUGCUCUGGUGUUUCACAAACUUGCUCUGCUAGCCAGCUGUACAGGGACAAGAUCACUAUUCGCUCUUGGCAAGACUUUGCCUUGGCUGAUAGAUCCGGUGAGGUCGUCACCAGUGAUGGAUUUCUUAUCAACAUCAACUUUAACGAGAUCUCGUUCCAGAACUUUGACAGCUUCUCUGAGCAGACCUACUUCUGGGUAAUGCCUCCAAGGUUCCGUGGCAACUUGGUGAAAUCCUAUGGUGGAUACUUGUCUUACAGUAUUCACUAUUCACUGUCAGCAUCUGGCAUUCCGUACAACGAUGUGGACGUCAAGAUUGAGGGAGACGAAAUAGAACUGUUUAGAAUCAACACGCCAAAAGCACAGCCUGACAUCAAGCAGGAUUAUGAAGUGCCAAUGAAGGAGGGUUACGGCUGGCAAGUGACAGACCAGAAGAGCCCUGGCGUGCGGCCAGCAACACGCACCGACUUCAUGCGUGCGCUGUCCAACGUGAAAUCGAUGAUGAUCCGCGCCACCUACAACUCGAAGACGCGCAAAUCUUCGCUGCAGGACUUCAGCAUGGACACGGCCGUUGCCGUUGACAACGGACAGCUGCAGGCAGCCGAUGUAGAGCAGUGCGAGUGCCCUCUUGGCUAUGCGGGUCUCUCCUGUCAGGAAUGUGGUAAUGGAUACGUUAGAGUGCCUGAUUCGACACGACUGUCUGGAUUCCUCUGCGUGUCCUGCAACUGCAACGGACACAGCAGCCAGUGCGAUCCACACACCGGCGCUUGCUUGAACUGCCAGCACAACACAGAAGGUGAAAGAUGCGAGAGGUGUCGCAAUGGUUACUACGGCGAUGCAAGCGCUGGCACGCCCAAUGACUGCAGACAGUGUGCCUGCCCCCUGACUUUGUCAAGCAACAACUUUGCGACAUCCUGCUACCUGGACAGAGAUAGCAGGCCAACAUGCAUCGGCUGUCCUGAAGGAUACAUGGGCAGAGAUUGUGGCACGUGCAAGUCCGGUUACUCAGGAGACCCGCGACAGCCUGGCCAGAGUUGCCGUGGUGAGGAGACAGGCAGCGGCCGACCAACAGUCGUCGUCUACCCGCUACAGAUCGAUGAGUUCGUCGGCGGCACGGUGUCGUUCACGUGCAGCGUGCGUGGUCGCGAGCCGCGCGCCGUCACGUGGUCGCGCGCCGACAGCUCGCCGCUGUCGGGCCGUCACCAGAUCGGCGACGACAACUCGCUGACGGUCCAGGGCCUGACGCAGGGCGACAGCGGCGUCUACAUCUGCAGCGCCCGCAAUCAGCUGGGCACUGCGACCGGCACCGCACGCCUCAUGAUCAAGUCUGGUGUGGAACCGAUCAGAGUGGUGAUUGAAGAACAGAAGGACCAGGCAGUCGAGGAAGGAAGUACCGUCAAUUUCCGCUGCCGCGGAGAGAGUCAGAUUACUUACACGAUCGUGUGGACGCGACAAGGCGCAGCGCUGCCUGGUGGCGCUACGGAUAGGAAUGGCGUCUUGACAAUCCCGAAUGUGCGACAAGAGGACAGCGGCACUUACAUCUGUACAGGCUCGAACCUGUUUGCAACUGCUGAGGACCGAGCGACUUUGUCCAUCACAUCAUCCGCUCUGCAAGCACCAAGCGUCAGGAUCGAGCCAAGGUUCCAGACGGUGAACGCGGGCGAUCCCGUCGAGUUCCAGUGCAUAGCCGAGGGAUCUCCGCAGCCAACGCUUGAGUGGACUGGAGGUAGGAACAAGGAGUUGAACCCGGAAUCGUCGUUCGUGAAUGGUGUGUUCCGCAUCCCGCGCGCACGAGCCGAGGACGAGGCUACCUACUACUGCAAGGGAACGAACCCAGCCGGCAGCAGCGACGUACGAACAGUGCUGUUCGUCAAGCACGAGGUUGGCGUGCCAGUUGUAACUACAAACGUGCAAACCGUGGAAGUGAUGGUAGGAGGAACUGCUGUAUUCAAUUGUGAGGCAUCUGGUGACCCCACACCAGUGAUCAGUUGGUCGAGAGAAGGCACGAGGGGAGGUCUCCCUCGGGCUAAUAGCGUUAGCAGAGGCACACUCACCAUGCCGAAUGUGCAACGAUCUCACGAAGGCGUGUAUGUGUGCUCGGCCACCAAUUCGGCUGGAACAACAGACUCUAGAGUGACCCUUACCGUCGCACUCGGAUUAGCCUGGUGUAGUGGUGAGCUUCCACUGAUAGACCAGCUAACGAGCCAACCUAAGACGUGUGACUUCUUCUCUCCUUGUCCUGAUGGCUAUAAGUGCAGCAUGGGUAUUGCAUUCGCGCCCAUCUGCUGUCCGCAUAACGCACCAGACACGCCCGGCCCACUGACCAUGGUGCCACCGGAGAUUGAGAUUGAGCCAGACAGGCAGACAGUGGGCCAGGGAAACACCGGAACGCUGCGUUGCAUCGUGCAUCGUGGUAAUCCUCCACCCACCAUCACCUGGACUCGUCAGAACGGAGAAAUCACAAGCAACCACAUAAUUCAGAAUGAUGUGUUGAGGAUCCAGCAUGCGACGGUCGACGAUCGUGGAGUCUACAUUUGCACGGCACAGAGUCCUGCCGGCCUCGCUUAUGUGUCCGCCGUCGUAGAAGUCGAACGUCGAGAACGUCCUGAGCUGGAGAUCUUCCCAAGCACCGAGCAGUCGAUUUCAGCCGGGUCUAGUGUCUACUUCCAGUGUAGAGUCACUGGUGGCAUACCGGACCCGGUCGUUACCUGGGAACGUGCCGAUGGGGAGGAGUUCACCCACAACACGCAGAUGUUCGCAGAGAGCGGCGUUCUACAGUUCAACGCGGUCGAGGGAUCCGAGCAGGGAACCUACAUCUGCACCGCGUCGAACGAUGCGGGCCGUGUCAGCAUCACGGCCAGACUGCGGGUUGCAGGACCCCCACGUGUGAUGAUCUCCCCACCAGAUAACCCAGCAAAGGCGAAGGAGGGAUCUGUUGUGAGGCUGGAAUGUAUUGCUGAGGGUGAUCCAGCACCCGAGGUCUACUGGGAAGAUGCUUCUGGCAGGGAGAGAUCUGAAGGGCAAUCAACGCUUGGAUUGGAGCUACCAGGCAAGCACACGAGUGCGGGGUCAUCUAUCUUGGAAGUCGUCAACAUUCAGUUGAACGACGCGGGCAGCUAUGCCUGCGUUGCACGCAACACCGGCGGCACAUCCCGCAAGACUGUGCAAGUCAUCGUGGAGGCAGCUGACCAGAUCGCAACAGGAGGAGUGCAGGUUGUACCGCGCGAGGUCACCGUCAAGGAAGGUCAAAUGAUUGAGCUUAGCUGUAAGAUGUCAGGCCAGGUGAGGAACUUGCAGUGGUCGCGGCUCGGCGACCAGCUGCCCGCCGGUCACAGCGUCACGAACGGCGUGCUGGUCAUCAGCUCGGCGAUGGCGCGCGACACCGGUCUCUACAUCUGCUCUGCGCAGCUUCCCGACGCGGUCGUCCAGGAUACGUCGACCGUCACGGUCAUAGUGCCACCCAAGGUGACAGUAUCACCACAAGGAAUGCGUCUCAGGCCAGGAGAAACUAUCAGAAUUCAGUGUAAGGCUGAGGGCACAGAGCCAGUCACAACUGAAUGGAGCAAGGUGGCUGGAAGCAUGAGCCCUGCAGCUACUGAUAAUGAAGGCCUACUAGAGAUAAAGGGUGCGACGGCUAUAGAUGCUGGAAACUACAAGUGCACAGGCAGCAAUGCAGCAGGAAGUACCGCGGCUAGUGCAUACAUCGUCGUGAUGGUUCCACCGACUGUGAGAAUUCUAGAGUCACUAGCCUCAGUAUCUGCUGGAGGCUCCCACACCUUUAUCUGUAAUGCUACGGGCAUCCCACGUCCGAACAUCCAGUGGACCAGGGACCGUGGUCAACUUCCACCACAGCAUUCUGUAGUUGGUGGCGUGCUAAGCAUGUCAGCCCUGAAAGUGGAAGAUUCUGGUCGCUACAUCUGUACAGCGUCUAGCGAGGCGGGCCAGUCACGCAGCAUCGCUCAGCUCACCGUUGCUGGACGUCAUUACGUUGAGGUGUCAGUAGAGAGUGAAAGUGAGAUCGCGUCCGAGGGAGGUACCGCCUACUUUAAUUGCAAGGGUGUAGGCACACCCCAACCAAUCAUCACGUGGACCAAGAUUGACGACACGCUACCGUCGAACGCCAUCGAGAGUGGUGACGGUCAGCUAACGAUCAAAGACGUGAUGCUAGACAACGCCGGCAUGUACAAGUGCACGGCGAGCAAUGCUGCAGGCACCAUGUUCUCUGUCGUCUCUCUGCUUGUCAACGCUCCGCCACGCAUUUCCGGGCUGUCGGAAAGUCAGUAUGUGAAUAUUGGAACAGAGGUGACACUCACCUGUGGUGUGAGCGGUAACCCACCACCUACUAUCACCUGGCACAAGGUUGAUGGCAACCUGCCCCAGGAGCAUUCGGUUGAGGAGGGGGCGCUGACGAUGCUGGUGGCAUCGGCGGAGGACGCGGGCACCUACGUCUGUACGGUGACGAACAUGUUUGGCGUCGUGACGGAGGACGUCAACGUCGAGAUCGGCCAGCUGGUGCCGUACUUCUCGCAGAACCCGGUGUCGUACGUCUCGCUGGCGACGCUACACGACGCCUACCUCACCGUCGACAUGAGCGUCGCCUUCAGACCCGAAACGACCGACGGUCUGAUCCUGUAUAACGGACAGCGCGCCGGCGGCAGUGGAGACUUCGUUGCGUUUGGUGUGACGGACGGCUAUGCAGAGCUGAGGUUUGACAUGGGCUCCGGAACUGCUGUCAUCCGCAGUGCCGACCCGCUAGAACUGGGCGAGUGGCACACCGUACAGUUCAAGCGAAGCAAGAGAUUCGGACAACUGAUUGUGGAUGGCAUGGAGGCUAUAAAUGGGACAUCUCAAGGCAACUUCCAGGGCCUGGACCUGCGUGAAUACCUGUAUCUAGGUGGUGUACCUGACUACACGGACAUCUCCCGUGCUGCUGGCUGGACCACCGGAUUCGUUGGUUGCAUUGCGCAACUAAAGAACGGCAACGCCAUCUACGACCUGGCGAAGGAAGCACUCGAUGUUGUCGGCGUGACGACGUGCCCGUCGUGUUCCGGAUCGCCGUGCAAGAAUGGAGGAAAGUGUGUGGAGGCACCGACCAGCGAGGGAUACACAUGCACAUGCGCGGCGGGAUAUGCUGGCAACAACUGUGAUCAAAGUGAUGUCUGCAUAGAAGGUGCCUGCGGUGGAGGAAGCUGUGUGGCGGACGAGGAGCAACCGGACGGCUUCCACUGUGAGUGUCAUAUAGGUUUCGCGGGCCCUCGUUGCCAGGAUGCCAUCAACGUGAUCACACCGAUGUUUAACCGAGAGCACCACUCCUACAUGGAAGUAAAGAGGCCAGACAACACAGAGCGUGACUUCAAGGUCACGAUGAAGGUGAAGCCAGACCUGGUGGACGAGGGAUUGCUGCUGUACGCGAGUCAGAACAAAGAUGGCCGCGGCGACUUCGUCUCGCUGACGAUCCGCGAUGGCCGCAUCGAGUUCCGCUUCGACUCGGGCUCCGGUCCCGCCAUCAUCCGCAGCGACUACAUCAAGCAGGGCGAGUGGGUGAAGGUCGACGCCGGCUACAACCAGCAGGAGGGAGCGCUGACGAUCGACGACGCGGCGCGCUACGAGGGCCGCGCGCCGGGCACGACGCGCAGUCUCAACCUGAAGACGCAGCUGUACGUCGGCGGCGUGCCGCACGGCGUCGUCGUCUCGCCGUUCGUCGAGGUCACGCUCGCUUUCACCGGAUGCGUCUCGCUGCUGGAGUUGAAUGGCCGGGAGAUACCGACGACAAACAGCUACAACGACGAUGUGCUGAGCAGUGCAAACAUCGAGGACUGCGGCGUAAACUCGUGCGACAGUGACCCCUGCCAGAACGCCGGCUCCUGCCGCUCCUCGCUCGCCGGUGACUUCUACAGCUGCGAGUGUCCGCCAGGAUUCACGGGUGUGAACUGCGAGCUGGAGAUGAAUAUCUGUCUUGAAGAGCAGCCGUGCCAGAAUGGCGCAUCCUGCCUGGUUCUCGGGGGCAUCGAUUCUGACGACUACGAAUGCCAGUGUUCCAAGGGCUGGAGUGGCAAGACAUGCACUGAAGGAGUCUCCUUCGACAGUGAGGUGUUCUUAAAUGGCAACGGCUAUGCAGAGUUCAGCAGUGACUUGCAGCCGCACGGCACCGGUGAGACAGAGAUCAUCGAGAUUAAGUUCAGCCACCAGAACUCGAACGGCCUGCUGUUCUGGCAGGGCCAGCAGCCCGGCACUGCUGCACUUGGCAACGACUACGUCUACCUCGCUCUCAUAGAUGGCGAUCUAGUCUACAGCUACGAACUUGGAAGUGGCAUAGCCCAGCAGCAGAUCACUGUGAAUGAGGAUGAAGAGGUUCACACCGUCGUUGUUCACAGGACGGGCAAGGAGAGCAAUAUGUCUCUGGAUGGUGAAAUAAACUUCGGUAUGUCAUCUGGUCCCAGUCAGAUGCUCAACGUAGAGGGCAAUAUAUAUGUUGGUGGAAUUCCUGAUUUCCCAAAACAAGUAAUGAAUGCCAAACUGGAGAAUGGGUUCAUCGGCUGCAUUCACUUGUUGAAGGUCAAUGGUAACAAAGUCAUCGACUUCUAUGAAGAUAGUAUACAGACAGUCAACUGUUUACCAUGUGCAGAUGACUUAGUAAGUGGCCUGGGAUCAGCAGAACUGGAGCCUGAAGAGCGUGAAGACAAGGGAUUUUGGGGUUAAUUGAUCGUGUAAAUGUUCGAUGGUGACUUGUGCAUGUGUGUGCAGCAGAUGACCACUGGCACGCAGACAGGUGCUGUCAUCUGCCGGGCACCAGCUAUUGUUAUACAGUGUUGUCUAAGAUUAAAUUCGAACCUUUUUUUAAAAUGCAUUUUUUGAUCGUGUGUAAGUCGCCGGCUUUUCAAGUCGAGCUGACCUAGCACGAUGCAGUUCUCAGCGUUUUGCCGUCUCACCGGAUUUAUAGUUGAUGAGAUGGCGCCAUGCAUUUAAAUGUCUAUAUCGGUCACAGGCUCGUGACGGUAGCAUGCCACGUACCUCACUGUGUCUGGUCCUUGUGUAAUGGGAUGUGCUACGCUGUAGCUAAUUCUCUGCAGUACUCCAUCACUGGGCUCCUCAACUACCAUCGUUUCUGUCUGUAAUACGGAAUGCGAGCCAAUUAUAGUGUCGAGUCGUUCUAGAUGUUUGGCAUGCAGUUUGGUUAUUGCGAUAGCUGAGCUCGUUAGUGAUUAGCAGAUUAGCAACACCGCUUAUUCCAGCAAGGUCCCAUACAUCCAGCGCAGUGCCAGCACCUUUUUCCCUUCGUAGAGAUCCCUUUAGUAAUAAUUUUGUUUGCGUAUCAGAACUGUGGGGGCUUUGCUGUCACUCCUGUAGGUUCAUGUCAGAGUUCUUGCUUUCCACGGCUGUAUAUUUGUACAAUGAGAGAUGUUUUAUCGGGGUUCAGUGUGUCGAAGAUAUCUGGCAAGUCCUUUGUGUGCAUGAGUGUGCUCUCUCGCGCGCGAACGCGUGUGUGUGUACAUGGGUUGUGAAUUAACGGCAGACAAUCGUACAGUGUCGUGGUUUGGCGGCAACGACAACGGAAGGUGACGGGUUGCGCACAGUAACUUUUGUUUUUAUCGGCUGGGGUUCGACUUUUCGAUCGAUUUCGCGUCAUGCUUUGACCGGGUGCGAUUGCACCACCAUACAUUCAAUGCCGUCAAAUUGCACGCAGAAUCGCGUUUUGCCCCCCGGAUCAGUAUUAGGUCUCCAGCAAGAGAGCAUGCAUCGUGUAUCAUAACGGAAAUGUAGUGGCCGAUCAUUGUAAUUGUGCAUAUCACAGUGUAGACCACUGUUUCUGUUAUUUGCUCCCUUGGGAAAUGUGACCAGAUGUGUUUAGUUGCUUUUUUUAAAUUUUAGAAAUCGUAUUAUUCACCGUUUUGCAAUGAUUAGAUGUGUAAUGCGUACAAAAAAGUAAUAAUGAAGACGUGAUUGUGUGACGUAGACACGGAUAAAUAUCUAUGGCUUCUUCCUCGUUCGACCAUGAAGAAACAUGCAGUUGCAUUUAGCAGGUGUCAAAUACGAUUAAUAAAAAAAGUAUAAACUUUGUCAUUUCUGUUUGUGCUGCCAGCUUAAUGCUGACGUUGACAACAUAUGGUGCUAUUAAAACGUAAUGUAACUACGACAUAUUCGUUGACGGUAUGUUAUCGGAAAAUUGUGUUAUGACGUAAUAAUAUGCAGGUUCUGCAUAAGUUAUAGAUUGCUUAUUGAUAGCCAGAUUCAUUUGGUAUGCUAUGCAAAUUAGGUAUCAUAGCUUUGUGUAAAAAUGACAACCAGCUAAGUUAUAUCUAUGGCGUCUUGCGUAGUCUUGCUUAUAUAUAAUGAAUUGUAUUUUCGUUUUAUUCGUUUAUUGUGAAUCACCAAGUGAUAAACAUAAGUGGCUUGCCAGCUGAUGCUGAUUAUUUCUAAGUAGGGUAGCUUGUCUGUUUCUUUUAAGGUCGCUUUAACCAUUCUGUUGUGAAGGCAGGCACAUACAGGCCACACAGGUGUGUGUACAGGCAGUACAUGUACCAUUGUCUUUUAAUAAAAGUUAACAUACCGUUUUAUCAA